UUCGUGGAAAGUUAGUUGCGAUCAGUCACAUUCACUGCUCCUAUCUAAUAUGUUGAUUUGCAAGGUUUUGUUAGUGAUUUCUACGGUUGUUGUGGUCAUUGCUGAGGAUGACAUUUCCUCCAAAUUCCACUCUUUUGAGAUUGUUCCAGAUGGAAUUUCGAGUGCUCCUGAAAAUCCAUUAGAGGUAAAAUAUCCGAGCGAUGCGGAGGCGAAUUAUGGGAAUGAGUUGACGCCAACGGAAGUUAAGGACGAGCCAAUAGUGACUUGGGAAUCAGAUCCAGAGGAUCUCUACACGCUCCUUUUAGUGGGUCUCGAUGCCCCAACUAGGGCAGAGCCUUCACUUCGCGCUAUAAAGCAUUGGCUGGUGGGAAAUAUUCCAGGCAAUGACUUGUCUGAGGGCGAAACUCUCGCUGAAUACAUUGGUUCAGGUCCACUGGAAGACACUGGACUCCAUCGAUACGUUUUCUUGGUUUUCAAGCAGCCGAAUGGGAAAAUUGAUUUCUCAGAGGAAGAAAAGUGCGCCAAAAAUGUCAUAAAAUGUCGUUUAUCGUUUUCGACCAACGAGUUUGCCGGGAAGUAUUCACUUGAGCUUUUCGGAGGGAAUUUCUACCAGGCUCAAUUUGAUGAUUACGUUCCGAUAUUGCAUGCGCAAUUUCAGAUGGAAGAUGAGGAAUAAGUAAUAAAUAAAUCUGCACUUAAUAUUAUGGAAUACGAGAAUUGUAUGCACUCAAUAAUCAAUUGUCCAAUAAAUACCUUUUU